UGCGUCACGUGCGGCUGCAGGGCGGAAGGUGUUUGACCCGUGAGGUCUGGCAUGUCCCUCAUCCGCCGCUGCUCGACUCAGCCGACCCUCCGCGGGGAAAACCAUCGCAGGGGCGCUAUGUCGGCCUCGCCGGUGGCGUACGCUUCGUCUCUCCUCCGCGGCCCCCUCGCUUCCCCUUCCCCCUCUUCUCUCCUCCUCGACCGGAAGAGCGCCGUCUCGCUCCUUCCCCUUCCUCUGCGCCGCCUCCGCCGCUGCGGCGCGCAGCUCCUCGCCGACCUCGCCCCAGCCGCCUCCGCCGCCUACGGCACCCUCCUCCUCGGCGGCGGCCUCUUCGCUUAUUUGAGAUCGGGGAGCAAAGGAUCCAUUCUCGGAGGACUCUCCGGAUCUGCUCUUAUGGCUGUGGCCUAUUACCUGAUGCAAUCGCCUGAGACGAAGGAAGUAGGUGAUGCAAUUGGGUUCGGAUCCGCAUUACUCUUUGCUUCUGUAUUUGGUAUACGGUUGGCUAACACUCGAAAAUUUGUGCCAUCCGGACUUCUGCUGGGCCUUUCUCUCGGUGUUUUGGCAGUCUUUUAUUCUGCUUAUGUGAGUGAUAAAAUUUGAUUUCUGUAUAUUUGGCAACUUUUUGAGAUCUCUCUUUUGUAAGCGCAUAAAUGCUAGAUAUGACUCUGUAAUCUGAGAUGUGCAAUAUGUAGACAGUUUUUUUUGCACAUUGUCUUUCUAUGUACUUUGUUUUUAGGGUUCUUCC